AUGGUUACAGUAACCAUGCCCAACUAUAUUUUUUCUCUGCGUGCUGAUACCAAAGAUAAAUUCAUCGUUCUUGGUUUGGCUUUGGUAGCCUGUGUUAUGGCUGAUGUCUCUGAGUUGGGUUAUGAUUAUCAUGCUCCUGCUCCCGUAGAGCACCAUCAUGAACAUAAUUUUGUUCCUGAGGCACCCAAGAACUCUUAUAUCCCACCAGCUGCUCAUGUUCCAGCUCCCGAAUAUCACCCUGCUCCUGCCCCCGCCCCCGUUCCAGAAUACCAUCCCGCUCCAGUUGCUCCCCAAAACUCUUACAUUCCCCCAGCUGCUCCAGCUCCUGUACCAGAAUAUCACCCAGCCCCUGCCCCCGCUCCAGUUGCUCCCCAAAACACUUACAUUCCCCCAGCUGCCCCAGCCCCUGUUCCAGAAUAUCACCCAGCACCUGCUCCCGCACCAGUUGCUCCCCAAAACACUUACAUUCCCCCCGCAGCUCCAGCACCAGUUGAACAAACUGCUGAACUCGCUGAUGAUGGUUACCGUUACAAGACUGUCCGUCGUGUGGUCUAUCGUUACCCACACACACGCACCCAGACACAAAUUAAGAAAAUAAAGAGAAAAUUCAUCGUUCUUAGUUUGGCUUUGGUAGCCUGCGUUAUGGCUGAUGUCUCUGAGUUGGGUUAUAACUAUCCUGCUCCCGCUCCCGUAGAACACCAUCAUGAACACCAUGAAGCUGUUGCUGCUGUUCCUGUAGCACCCAAGAACACCUACAUUCCCCCAGCUGUUCAUGCUCCAGCUCCAGCCCCAGUUCACCAUGCUGCCCCUGCUCCCGCUCCAGUUCACCAUGCUGCCCCUGCUCCCGCUCCAGUAUACCACGCUCCUGCUCCAGUAUACCACGCACCUGCUCCCGCACCAGUUGCUCCCCAAAACACUUACAUUCCUCCCGUAGUACAUGCCCCAGCACCUGCCCCAGUUCACCAUGCCGCCCCUGCUCCCGCUCCAGUUCACCAUGCUGCCCCUGCUCCCGCUCCAGUAUACCACGCCCCUGCUCCAGUAUACCACGCACCUGCUCCAGCACCAGUUGCUCCCCAAAACACUUACAUUCCUCCCGCAGUACAUGCCCCAGCUCCCGCUCCAGUUCACCACCAUGAAGCCGCCCCAGCUCCCGUCCAUGUACAAGCCCCCGCCCCAGUUGCUCCCCAAAACACUUACAUUCCCCCAGCAGCCCCAGCUCCAGUUGUACCCUCUGCUGAACUCGCUGAAGAUGGUUACCGUUACAAGACCGUCCGUCGUGUCGUCUACCGUCACCGUUUCUAAACUGUUCUUUUGAAAAGAACUGUUACCAUUGAUUUGUUAUAAAUUCAAGAAAAAAAAAACAAAAUAUAGUAUUUAAAUAAUAAAAAAAAAAUAAUAAUAACGAA